AAGUUCGGGCAGCCCAGCGGCAAGGAUGGAGGACACGCCGACGCCGUCGAGCGCCGUCCACGCCGACGACUACAACGCGUGCUUCAAGGACACGGUGUGGCUGAGCACGUUCGAGCUCAACUUCCACACGGUGCUCUACUACUUUGCGCUCUCGCCCUUCUACGACAAGAACUGCAACAACGAGCGGCUCAAGAUGCAGCGGUUGCCGCUCGACCAGCUCGUCAACAUGCGUGGCAUCGAGUACGAGCUGCUGCCCAACCUCUCCAAGCAGCUGCCGCAGACGCUCUACAUCAUUCGCAAGCAGUUUCGCACGAGCAAGACCAGCGUCCAGGUCAUGGCCAUCUACUACUGCCUCGACCAGACCAUUUACCAAGCCCCGAAUACGUUUACGAUGAUCACAUCGCGCUUGAAGAAGUGCAGCUACCGCAUCAACAAGGCGUUCCAAGCGCUCAGCGCCGGCGUCCGCUUCAGCCCCACCGAAGGCUACGCGUGGGACUUCAGCACGGACGAGAAGAAGGAGCCGCUCAUUCCCUCGGAGCAGUUGGCCCUCAAGCUCAAGCGCAAGCAAGAGAAGGAGGAAAAGACCAAGCAAAACAGCUCGCGUGUCGAUGCGAUUGUCCUCAACCUCGUCAAGAAGCAUGCACCAGAAGUCAUGGCAGCGGGGGCGGCGAUGAUGGCACCGCAGCCGCCUGCUGUGCCCGAGGCGGAGGCGACGCCGGCCGACGGCAACCCACCGCCGGCCAAGCGUCAGAAGAUGUGAUUUCGCCAUCAAUAUGGAGCCUCUGUGUUACUUAUCUUUCUUGUC